AAAAAUAGUAAAUUUAGAAGAAAAGCAAAAAUAUAAACGAAGGAGGAAAAAAAGAGAGCGAGCAAGAAAUGGCAUCGACGAUAGUGAAGGGAGUCAUCAAGUCGAUCAGAGAGAAAGGAAUUGGCUCCUUUCUUCGCGAGCUCAAAGAUGAAGGCUAUUUGAGGUGCCUUGCUGAUGGGAAUCUGUUGCAAACAAAAAUCCACAACAUAGGGGCAACACUUGUGGGAGUUGACAAAUUUGGCAACAAGUAUUAUGAGAGACUUGAAGGCGAACAAUUUGGAAGGCACCGAUGGAUUGAAUAUGCAGAAAAGACUCGGUACAAUGCGUCUCAGGUGCCGCCAGAAUGGCAUGGUUGGCUUCAUUUCAUUACUGAUCACACCGGAGAUGAGUUACUCAUGCUGAAACCUAAGAGGUAUGGAGCUGAGCACAAGGAAAAUCUCUCAGGAGAAGGUGAGCAGUACAUAUACCAUUCCAAAGGACAUGCUCUUAAUCCUAGUCAGAAAGACUGGACCAGGUAUCAACCUUGGCGAGCCACGAAGCCAGAGUAAUGCUUUGGAUCGACCAUCUUAUGUAAACUUGAAAUUGUUGAUUAUAUCUGAUUUUCAUCAAUAAAUUGCAUGUGCUUAUUGGAGAUCACAGAGCUUUUGCAUUUGUUUUUCUGAAGAGUACUUUGAUUGUGAAUUCCACACCCUCUAAACAAACCUUAGUUGGGAAAACUGUUGUAAUGGCAACACUGUUGAGAGACGAUGAAUCUUCAGUCUUUCACUGGUCAUCGUUGUGCGACUCUAUUUUCAGAGCAGGAAUUACUGGAAACAGAGUAACAAAAUUUACUUUGACAUAA